ACUGCACAUCCUGUCCACUUAAAUGUUUGAAUCAAGAGUGUGAUGCAUUUUAUGGCUCCUGUAUAUAUGGGUGUAGCGACAGGUUACUGGAACCUCCUGACUGCAUGGUUUGCAAGGCUGGUUAUUACGGUCAUAACUGUGAACAAACAUGUGGUAAUUGUAAAUCUGGCACAGUAUGUGAUAACAACACAGGAAUCUGUCCAGAGGGAUGUAAAAGUCACUGGAGUGGAUCAAAAUGUGAUGUGUGUGAAAAUGGAUUUUAUGGUGACAACUGUACAGGGACAUGUGGUCAUUGUAAAUCUGGAACAUAUUGCAAUAAACUUACAGGCAUUUGUGAGGAAGGAUGUGAUGAUCAUUGGGACGGUUCCACAUGCAACAUGUGUAAAAACGGUUCUUAUGGAGACAACUGCACAAAGACAUGUGGUCGUUGUAAACCUUUGACGUAUUGUCACAAUGUAACAGGAAUUUGUCUGGAAGGAUGUGAUGAUCAUUGGAAUGGUUCACAAUGUAAUGAGUGUAGAGCAGGCUUCUUUGAAAGAGGUUGUGAAAAGCCUUUUGGGGGUUGUAAAAAUGGAACGUUUUGUGAUACGAUCACAGGAAAAUGCCCAGAGGGUUGUCAAGGUGAUUGGAUUGAAAUUAAUUGCAACGUGCUAUCAUCCCCCGGAGAUACCAAAGCAGGUGAAGGGACUUCAAAUACUUCAUCUGUAGUCAUUUCCGUUUUAGCAACACUUCUUGUCGUAAUUGUUACGUACCUCUUGGUUAGAUUUCUGAAAAACAAAUGGAAAGAGUGGAAAAGAGGAAAAAAUGAAGAGUACAAUCUUCCAACAAAAUUGGUGGAUAACCCACAGUCUUAUGACCAAAUAUCAGGUACACAGGAGAACCAUGUAUACCAAGAAAUCAAUUCUGCCAUUACCGAUUAUGAAGAAAUACAUAAAAACAGCAACCAUGUCUUUUGAAAAACAAAAUAUCUUUAGAUAAACAUUUCUGAAAAUAAAUGGAGAAAUCAUCCUGUAACUACCGGUAUUGGAACAGAUUAAGACAAAUUCCAGAAUUUAAUACUUAUAAUUGAUUAUAUUCUCUUUAUUGCUUGUGUAACAAUCACUAUUGCUCUUGUACAUAUAAUUUGUAUCUCCCGACUUUUGUCCCGAUGCCCUACACAUAAGUCCUUCCAAGAUAGCUAAACCGACCAGGAGAACAGCCAUCAGAGAAGCGUAGCUUACCAGUUGGUUUUUUAUAUGU